CGGCGCCGCGUCCAGGUCGUCGUCCUGGGCGACUUCGGCCGCUCGCCGCGCAUGCAGUACCACGCGAUCUCGCUCGCGUCGAGCGCGAACCUCUCCGUGGACGUCGUCGCGUACGCGGGCACCGCCGCGCGCAUUGAGGUGACGUCGCACCCGAACGUCACGAUGCGCCUCAUCGCGCCGCCGCCGGCGUGGACGCGGACGCGGUCGCGCCUCGUCCCACUCCGAGUCGUCGCGCUCGCGAUGCGCGUCGCGUUUCAGAUCGCGCAGCUGCUGAUUACGAUGCUAUGGCGCGCGCCGUCGCCCGAUUACGUGCUCCUUCAGACGCCGCCGUGCGUGCCGUCGUUCGCGGUGUGCGCGCUCGUCGCGUUCCUGCGACGCGCCGUCUUCGUCGUGGACUGGCACAACACCGCGCACUCGCUCAUGGCGCUGGAGUUUGGGACGACGCAUCCGCUCGUUCGAAUCGCGCGGUGGUACGAGCGCGUCGCGGGGUCGACGCUGCCGCGCGCGCACCUGUGCGUCUCCGACGAGUUUCGCGUUCACCUCGAGAGCGAGUUCGGGAUCCGCGGCGCGGUCGUGCUCUACGACCGCGCGCCGGCGUUCUUCAAGAGGACGUCCGUCGAGGACGCGCACGCGCUGUUCGUCAGGCGCGUUCUUCUUCACACUGGCGGCGGCGGCGGCGGAAAAGUCCUUAAGGAUCGGCGUUCACCACGCGAACGCGGUCGUACGGGGACCAGUGUGAAAAUAGAACGCGCCUCAGGUCGGCCGGCGUUGCUCGUGAGCGGGACGUCGUGGACGAAGGACGAGGACUUCGGGGUGUUGCUCGACGCGCUCGCGAUGUACGACGAGAUCGCGCGCGCAGACGCGGAGGAGCUUUUGGCGGGAGGGCGCGGAGGGGAGCUUUUGUCGCGGGGACGGGAAGGGGGGGACCGGGGACGCGGAAAGUCGGCACCCCGCGGAGGAAACCAAAAAGACGAAAACGAAACCCGCCGCAAACGCCGUCUCUACCCGGACGUGGUCGCGAUCGUCACCGGGAAAGGCCCCGGGCGCGACGCGUACGAACGUCGGAUGGCGUCGCUUCGACUGACGCACGUCGCGAUCCGAACCGCGUGGCUCCCGAUCGAGGACUACCCGACGCUGCUCGGCGCCGCCGACUUGGGCGUGUGCCUCCACGCGAGCAGCGGCGGCGUGGACCUGCCGAUGAAAGUCGUCGACGCGUUCGGGUGCGGGCUCCCCGUCGUCGCCGCGCGCUACGACGCGCUGUCCGAGCUCGUC